AGAAGGGACAUUACAGCCGUGAAUGCCCCAAACCUUACCAGGGAAACGGACAGAGGCCAUCCCAAAGGACCGAGGGACGGUCAGGAAAUCAAGGUCCGAGAGUUUAGGACAAGAGUUUUCAACUACUACAAGUAUGCCAAUUGUUUGUACGAUAACUGAUGCCAGUUAUGGAAUGUAUGUACCACUUACUCUUGUGGAACGGCCUGUUAAUUUUCUGAUUGACACAGGAGCAAUGCUUACCAUACUUUCAAUUUCCUUGUACAAGCAAAUACAAAGAAGGAAUGAAUUGUUCCCUACAAAUAUUAGACUAAAGCAAGCUGAUGGGGCAGAAGUUACAGUGUAUGGAACCGUUUUCUUAACCCUGGAAAUUGGACUCACUAAACUUCAAACUUCGUUCGUAGUGGCCAACAUUCGUAAUGAUGGAAUUCUUGGCAUGGAUGUACUUCUCAAGACAGGAAGUGUUAUACAUUGUGAUAAGUUUGAACUUCAGCUCAAUGGUGAGACUAUUCAAUGUGCAGACUCAGCUGGUAAAAUUUUGUCAGUACGACAAGUUGACAAUACCUCGGAGGAAAUAAGCCAAGUACCGGAUUUCCUUCAACCUCUUUAUGAGAAGUCGAAAGAAAACACUAGCAGUAAUGAACAUACAAAGAUAGCUAAGCUUCUAUCUGACUAUCAAGAUGUAUUCUCUCAAGGUGAUCAUGACAUUGGCCGCACUGAUAAGGUGACACAUAGCAUACAUACCACUUGUCCCGCGCCAAUUCAUCAAAGGCCAAGACGUUCCCCAUUUGGACAGAGGGAAGAAAUUGAGAAACAAGUACAAGACUAG